CACUGUCUAGGUUACGAACUCUGGUCCAAACUCCAAACGAACAACUGUAGUAAAACCCUGCAACUCAAAACAAAUUCUAAAACCCUCACAAAAGCACGAACCAGCAGUCAUCCUAGUACCGUAUUCCAAUGGCAGAUUUUUUGUUCGAACAACCUAGUGACGAGGAAGUGCAGUACGAGGAGAAUGACGAUGAAGAAGAAGAACAAGAAGAAGCAGAAGAUAAUGAAGACGCCGACAACAAACCUAAGAAAAAGACACAAUCUCCAUGGGACUUCUCUUCUUAUUCCGAAUCCGUCGCCGAUGAACACAGCCGCCGUAGCACGACGUCUAUUGAUUUUAAAAUAUCAAAAGCCCGUCAACAAUUGUCUGAACCUAUAGCUAAACCAGUCGAAGAAGAUUCUGAUUCCGAUGACUCAGAACCUCACCGCCAAGAAGAGUAUAGACCGGAGGAUGGUGAUGAUGAAGUAGAUACGAAUGUUGGAGAAAAAAAGCCAUUUUUUGCCUCAUCAGAAGGAGUUUCAUUUCAAGCCAAUUCAUUUAUGGAGCUCCAUAUCUCAAGGCCGUUGCUUCGAGCUUGUGAAGCAUUGGGUUACAGUAAGCCCACCCCGAUUCAGGCUGCUUGCGUUCCGCUGGCCUUAACGGGCCGAGAUAUUUGUGGGAGUGCUAUAACAGGAUCUGGAAAGACAGCUGCCUUUGCUUUACCGACACUGGAGAGACUGUUGUACCGUCCAAAAAAUAGGCCUGCAAUUAGGGUUCUUAUUCUUACUCCAACAAGGGAGUUGGCUGUUCAGGUUCAUAGUAUGAUAGGUAAACUUGCGCAGUUUAUGACAGAUAUCAGAUGUUGUCUGGUUGUUGGUGGUCUGUCAACCAAGGUGCAAGAACAAGCCUUGAGAUCAAUGCCUGAUAUUGUCGUGGCAACUCCAGGACGUAUGAUAGAUCAUCUACGGAACUCCAAGUCAGUUGAUUUGGAUGAUCUUGCAGUAUUGAUUCUUGAUGAGGCCGAUCGACUACUGGAGCUGGGAUUCAGUGCUGAAAUUCGUGAACUGGUUAGAUUGUGUCCAAAGCGGAGACAGACCAUGUUGUUUUCUGCGACAAUGACUGAGGAAAUUGAUGAGCUUAUCAAGCUAUCUCUGAAUAAACCUUUGCGCCUGUCAGCUGAUCCAUCAACGAAACGGCCAGCAACAUUGACUGAAGAGGUAGUUAGAAUACGGAGAAUGCGUGAAGGAAAUCAAGAAGCUGUUCUUCUUGCAUUGUGCACCAAGACCUUCACUUCCAAAGUGAUUGUUUUCAGUGGUACAAAGCAAGCAGCACAUAGGUUGAAAAUUAUAUUUGGUUUACUUGGCUUCAAAGCAGCUGAGUUACAUGGAAAUCUUACGCAAGCGCAACGUCUAGAUGCUUUGGAAGUUUUCAGAAAACAGGAAGUGGAUUUUCUGAUUGCAACUGAUGUUGCCGCUCGUGGCCUUGACAUUAUUGGUGUUCAAACGGUUAUAAAUUUUGCCUGUCCACGUGAUCUUACUAGUUAUGUUCAUCGAGUGGGCCGCACGGCUAGAGCUGGUAGAGAAGGGUAUGCCGUUACAUUUGUCACAGACAAUGAUAGGUCUCUUCUAAAAGCCAUUGUUAAACGAGCUGGUUCAAGGCUGAGGAGUCGAAUUGUAGCAGAGCAAUCAAUAGCUAAGUGGGCACAAGUAAUUGAACAGCUGGAAGAUCAAGUGGCUGCAAUUAUGCAAGAAGAGAGGGAAGAGAUGGCACUAAGAAAAGCUGAGAUGGAAGCAGCUAAGGCUGAGAAUAUGAUUGCCCACAGGGAUGAGAUUUAUUCACGCCCCAAAAGAACAUGGUUUGUCACAGAAAAGGAGAAAAAGCUUGUCCAGAAGGCAGCAAAGGAAUCAUCAGCUAAAGAAAAUGGUUCCGAGAGCAAGGUGAUGAGUGCCGAACAAGCGGAAGACCUGAAGAUGAAGGAGAAGAGGAAGCGAGAGCGGGAGAAAAACCUGCCGAGGAAGAAAAGGAGGAAGCUGGAGGCUGCCCGAGAGCAAUUAGAAGAUGAAGAUGACUCAGAUGAAGGCAAAGGGAAAACAAAGAAAGACAAAGAGAAAGCUGGGAUUUCCCUAGUUGAUCUUGCUUAUCGUCGUGCAAAAGCAGUCAAGGCUGUGAACAAGGCAGUUGAUGCUGGCAAGAUUGUUAGAAAGACAGGAAAAAAAUUGAAACCAAAAACCAGAGUAUCUGAAUCAAGGACAGAUGAAAUGCAGGAUCUUUUUCAAAAUGAUAUGAGUGAGAAAAAACAAAGGAAACCACAGCAUGGGGGUAUGAAGAAGAAGUCCUCAUUCAAGAGCAAGUCACGGUACAAGAGGAGGUAACAUAGCAAUACAGCGGUGAUGAGCUGAAAAUCAGAUAACUGGAGCAAGGUAGGCUCAUCGGACAUGACUAUCGUUUCCUAACGAAGGAAUGCCCUUUUGGUGCUGACAUGAAUUAAGAUACCAUCCUGCUGCAAGUAGUUUCUGAAAGUGUUGCUGACAUUGGCCUUGUAUCGGUAUUUCUAGAAGCUUGUACGAGGGAAUCGUACAUGUUAGUUUAUGAGUAGGUCCUCGGUUGUUCUCAGUUUCAUUUUUGGAGUGUAUUUAUCUCAUAUUUUUUUUUUGGACUUGCACAUUUACUAGAUGUAAAGCAUGUAUCUGUACGUGUAUUCAAUUUUGAUAACACACCGUUGAUUAUCUUAAAUUUAACUUCCUUGUCCUGUAUUAUAUGAGUUAAUUACUUUUGACUCUA